UUGGAAUGCCUAAUAGUGGUUAUUCUGUGCUGGUGUUCUGUGCCCACUGGUAGCCAUUUGGACAGGUCGUUGGAAUGCCUAAUUUUCCUUCUUACAUGGUUUUUGGUCCUUAGCAUUGUAUUGUUUUUAGGAACAAAAAUAAAAAAUGGUCUAUGAUUAGCAAAACUAUGAAGACUAGAGGAGUAGAAAAAUUAAAAGCCUAGAGAGCAAUUUCCUUGAUAUGGGACCAUAAAUAAAAAAAUAUAGGACAAUGGACAAUUUACCAAGCAAGUAACUAGGGCAGAGACAAGGGUUUUUAUUUUGGAGAUAUUGGGGUGUGCCGCGAUUAAAAUUAAAACCAUUUAAAACGAUGGACGCGAAACAAGAACCUUUCGAUCCCCAUGUUGAAAUAAAACAAGAAAUUGUCCAAUUUGAAGAUACUAAAAUUGAACAAUAUUCGCAUUUGCCGAUAAAAAUUGAACAAUAUUCGGAUUUACCAAUAAAAAGUGAUCGUCCUGAAUACGUGCACAAAUGUGAAUACUUGCAAAAUUUUCCUAUAAAUGUUAAAGAGGAACCUAACGACAGUGAUGUAAAAGUGACCGAUUUGUAUAGGGUCAGUAAUAUCAAGCAAGAAGUUUGUGAAUUUGUGCAGCCUAAAACUGAAUUUUUGACUUUGAAUACACAUUGUGAUUUACCGACUUUGAAAAAUGAAAGUAUUGAUCAUCUAUGCCAUUUGGAUCAGCCAAUUCAGACUAGCAACAAUAAACAAUACAAUACGAUAUUUAGAGGGUUAGAAGGUACUACACAUGUUUCUGAGAAGACAAAGAGGAGGUUCCCUUGCCCUGUUUGUCAAAAAAAAUGUUUUUCUUCUAUAUCAAGACUAAACCACAUUUAUGGACAUUUUAGAAAAUACCCAGAAAUUCCUUUCAAGUCUUCUAGAAAAAAUCUCUUCAACGCUCAGUUUCGAAGAUGUUACGAAAAUUGUUUAUAUUGCAGUCAAUUUUUUUUUAACACGUCUCAAUUUCUGUCUCAUUUUAUUGUUAUUCAUUAUAUUAAAGAAGUAACAAAAAUUUGUAACCAAAAAUAUGGAAAAACUGAUCAUUGUAGGUGUAAAAAUUGUUUACAGUGUGUAAUUUAUCCUAAUGAAAAACUGUUCCAGUAUGAAGUUGGUUCUAAAACAUUUCAAAUCAAAAAACAAUUAAAUAAUCGCAUGGAAAAAUAUACUGGAGGAAAACCGUUAAAGUCUAAAUUAUGUUCGAAAGGUUUUGGUUGUAAGCGCAAUUUAAAAAAGCACUUAAAAAUGCACCCUGAAAAAAAAUCCUUAAAGUGUGAAAUAUGUUCCAAACAAUUUAACCAUUACGGAAAUUUGAAAGCGCACUUAAGAAUUCACACUGGAGUGAAACCGUUUAAAUGUGAAAUUUGUUUGAAACAGUUUCGCCAUAAAUGCACUUUAGAAACGCACUUAAAAAUGCACACUGGAGAAAAACCGUUCAAGUGCGAAAUAUGUUCAUUAUCGUUUAGAGAUAAAUCCAAGUUGAGGUAUCACUUAAAAAUUCAUGCUGGAGAAAGGUCGUUCAAGCUCGCUUUCAAGUGUAACAUAUGUUCGAAAGAGUUUAUCUAUAAAGAUUCUUUUAAAAUGCACUUAAGAAUUCACUCUGGAGAAAAGCCAUUCACGUGUGAAAUCUGUUCGAAACCGUUUAGAAGUAAGUCCAAUUUGAGAACACACUUAAAAUCUCACACAGAAGAAAAACCGUUCAAAUGUGAAAUAUGUUCGAAACAUUUUAGGCAUAACGGCAGUUUACAUAACCACUUAAAUCUUCACACUGGAGAAAAACCAUUUAAGUGUGAAGUAUGCUCAAAACAGUUCUGUCAGAAAGGCGGUUUGAAAACACACUUCAGGAUUCACACUGGAGAAAAACCGUUUAAUUGUAAAAUAUGUUUGAAACAGUUUAACCAUAUAGGCACUUUAAGAACGCACUCAAGAAUUCACACAGGAGAAAAACCGUUUAAAUGUGAAAUAUGUUCGAAACAAUUUCGCCAUAAAUGCGCUUUGGAAACGCACCUAAAAAUUCACAUUGGUAAAAACAGUAGUUAAAAAUAAUUGUUAAGUUUAUCUAUUUGUUUAUCGAAAUUAGAUCACUCGAGACUCAUUUCUAAUUAUAUUUAAACACGAGAAUUUAAUUAAACUCAUUUUAUUGUCAGAAUACAACCGGCGAUUGCCGCUUAUGGCCAACUUCUCUUACUCAGGAUGUCUGGACCAAAACAUUCACAGCGCUCGUUGGUCAGUGGCUCGGCGCGUAAAUUUUAAAAUAUAAAUUAAGAGCUAACGUAAUAUUAAUAAUAAUAAAAAUAUUUAUUUCACAAAAGAACAAAUAUAAAUACAUAUUUUAUUAAUUGCAAGUGUAUACAAUAAACUCAGUUUAUGCACACACCUGAAGUAGGUUUACAAUUCAUACUUAUAUUCUAUUGUAAAAGAAAGAAAAGUUGUCCUACGUAGAAAUUGAGUUUUGAAAUGAGAAAACGAUAUGUAGUAAUAAAAAAACAAAAUUAAAAAUAGUGAUAAGUGAAUGUGAAUUAACAAUACAAUCAAAUAUAAUGGUUAUGAGUAUUUGUGUUAAGACUGUUUUCCACGAAACGGACAGUUGAGUUUAUGUUUUGUUUGAGUUUUUGGAACUUGCAAAACAAAAACAAAACUGAGAAAAUCCCAAAACUUGUUUCUAUCAAGCGGACUAUAUUUUUUCCGGUUUUGUUUUUGUUUUCGGUCCUUUUCCAUUGGUUGUCGCGAGGAAGUCGGAACACAUUUUUUCAAUAUUUUAUUUAUUUAUUUAUUUAUUAAUAGGUCCAAUUUGAAAAGAUAUAAAAGUAGUUUAAAAGAUGUAUAUGACAAUUAUGACAUCAUAAAAACCUAAAAAGGACAAUAUUUGGACUUAACCUAGUCUGGCUCUGACACACAGAUAUAUAUUCCACUAAUAAAUACACCUGGUAUAUAAAUUUAUUCAAAGUUUCAAAAUAAAUUACUUAUUACUAAUUACAUCUAUAAAAAAUACAUUAUAAUUGUCUUACUUAUAGGUACCAAUUUUGUACAAAAUUUAUACAACACGACCGUUUCCAGUAAACAGACUCGAGUUUGAAAACUCGUCGAAACCUUUUGAUGACUUGAGAAACAAAACUCCAACUGUCGCAAAACACGCCAGUUUUCAAAAAGUUUGGAAAAUGUUUCAGUUUUGUUUUUCUCGACACGAGUUGGUGUUUUGUUUCGUCCGUUUAGUGGAAAACCGCCAUUAUGUAACCAUAGUAGAAAAUCUUUUUAUUUUUGUCUGAAAUUUGUUGAUAGUAUUGUGGAUCUUUGAAGUCAUAUAAUACAAACUUCUCUGGACAGAUGUAUAUGUUACUGGUAUGAUAACAUUGUUAGAAAUCAUGUUUUUUGUAUUUUGGAUAUGAUUAAUUUUAGUUUAUUAUAUGAUAGAUUUUAUGUGUGAUUGCUUCAGGAUACAGAAUAUCAGAUGAGAAAGUUUUCUUUUUAAUUUUUUUUGUUACACUAAGUUUGUUCAGAACAUUGUCAUAUGCACCACCCCAUGUACUAAUGCCAUAGUUUAAAAUGGUUUCGUCUGGUGAUUUGUAUAUAUGACACUUUUCUUUGUUAAGCAUUGCCUUAAUAAGUAAACUUCUAGUAAAGGUUUCUAAUCUUGGUGACCGCGUAGUCAAUAUGUUUGUUCCAUUUUAAUUGUCUGUCAAUGUAUAUACCCAAAUAACGUAUGUCCCAAUAGUUUUGGCAGAAAAUAUUUAUCCCUAUAUUUUUUUAAUAAGUAAUAAUAAUAAUAAUAAUAAAGCGUCUUUAUUCAUCAAGUUUUAGUAUAAGUGUAAAUAUAUACAUAUAUAAGGUAGAUGAAAAGGUGAAGUUCAGCUUGUGCUGAUUUACAACUUAACCUGUAAAUAACAUUGAAAUAUAAUAAUAUAAUAUAAUAGAGAAAAAAAAGUAUAAAAAAUAAACAGAUUUUCAAAACCAAAUUCGUUGCAUUAUAUAAUAUAUUUUUUUAUGACCAUUGCUUAUUGAACAAAGAAUCUUUUAGGCGUUUCUUGAAAUUAAGCAAGUUAUAUGAUUUAAAUUCAUUUGUAAGUUUAUUGUACUCUUUACAUGCAACAUACGAAAAACAUCUUUUAAAUAGAGCCGUGUUAUGAUUCGGUACCACCAAGGUCAUUCGAUUUCGCGUAGGAAAUUCAUUAAUAUUGGAAAAUGUCUUUAAUUUGUUAACUAAAUAAUCAGGUUUCUGUAUGAGUAAAACUUUGUGAACUUGGGUUAAUAAAUGCAAAAGGCGAUAGUUAUUGAAAGUCAACCAACCUGAUUCUUUCAUUUUAUUCGAGAUAUGAUCAAAUUUUCGAAUUCCAUAGGCGAAACGUAGACAGCUAUUCUGGAUUUUUUGUAAACGAGCGGAAUCGGAUUGGAGUAGGGCUGGACCGUAGAUGGAAUCACAAUAACUGAGUUUGGAAAAAAUGAGAGAUUCACAAAGUUUAAGUUUGAGUUGUGUGGAAAGCAGGUCUCGGUUAGGGUACAACUGUCUCAAGACGUUGAACGAACUUUGAGAUAUGGUGGAGGUAUGUUUACUAAAACGAAGAUCAGAAUCUAACCAGAGACCUAAGUUUUUUCCUUCAUUCGUGAUUUGAAGAAGAGCAUCGCCUAAUUUAAUUUGUAAUGCGUUUAUUGUUAAUUGUCUUAAUUUUUUGGGGCCAAAUAACAUGAUGGAUGAUUUUUUAGAAUUUAUUUUGAGGUUGUGAGCUGUAGAAAUAUCAAGUAAUGCAUUUAAAUCGUCGUUAAUAAGAUUUUGGG